GCAAUGACGCAGCUAGUGAGGUUAUAACCGAGGCGCGUCAAUUGCUGGUUGAAAACUAUUUCCAAACCCCCUCUUUGGCCGGGGUUUGACCCUGCGCCAUCGAGAAUUUCUGGAAGGGCUCCCUCUAACCCAGGAGACGGUUUUCUUGGUCUAAGCUAGAGGUUCAUCUGCCGGUGGUGUUACUGUGGGCCAAAACGGUGGUGGGUCUUCUUCAUAGGAGGCCGGAUAGUCUUCCAUAAACUCUCCAACUUGCUCUCCUGUGUUAGCUGAAACAGGGAACGCCGGUGCCCCCGUCAACCAUUUACUUUCCAAAGUUCCGAUCUCAUUAUAUGGUAAUGUGCAUUCAUCUCUCUUGACGGAGCGAGCGCGAAGCGUCGGGUCUUACGUCGAACCGGCGCAGCUUUGGUCGCCUCCCCCCCGAGAGCCUCGCAUCUCUCAUUUCGAAGCCCCAGAAAUCGUCACUCAUGUCUUCUUCUUGCUUCUUGCGCUCGUACCUUCGUCUCCGCCUCUUCUCGCUCCUCAGGAGGAGUGGACCGACGACGGCUGCUGUCCAUCCUUUCGCACCUCACCGGUCUGCGCGCCCGCAUGUGCCAUAUGCCGCCCUGCGUCAGCGGCCAAUUCUGUUUCGAUAUUAUGUUUGCAUCGUUGAAGUAGCUGCAGAGCCGAUAUCAGUGCCCUUCACAGUCAUCCAUGAGCGCCGUCAGCGAUCGAUUCUUUUGAGGUCAAUGUCAUCGAACGCGAAUGCUGAAGAAGCUGUAAUGCCGAGAUCAGUGGCCGUCACCGUCGCCCAUGAACUCCUUACAGCUGGACAUCGUUACCUUGAUGUCAGGACUGUGAAGGAGUUCAGUGGUGGGCAUGCUGUUGGAGCUGUAAACAUUCCUUACAUGUUGGAGUCUGUCUCUGGGUUGUUUAAGCAGAAAACGGUCACUGGUGGCUGCAUCAGAGCUUUCAAAUGCUGGUUUUACUGGCAUCACAGAUGUUGCAGGUGGUUUUUCAGCAUGGGUGGAGAAUGGACUUCCGACAGAGUAGAAAUAGCCUGUUAGACAAUCCACAUGCUUUCUUUAGGUCUGAAUGAAAUUUGGAUGGCAUAAGACCUCCUGCAGCAAGUCGAGGAGGAGGCGUUGAUCUCUGGAGCUGCAGCUUUCACUUUGGCUGAUAACCAGUAAAGCUUCCUACAAUAACCAUGAGGAUAGAUGAGGUUACAUUUGGAGAAGAAGAAGAAGAAACUAAGCAGUUGUAGCAGCAACUCGCUCGAGUGGAAGAAAGCUGAAGGGAUGAAAGAGUACUAAGAUAUUGGCACGGCUCAAUCAGAGAACAAAGCAUGAGGACUUUGCAUUGCCUGAGUAGUGCAUGCACUCUGAGUGAGCCGGGCCGACAUCAUAGUAACUAUCUCAAGGUGAUGUUAUCCUCAUCCAUUGUUACUGCACAAGCAUGCCUUCUCUUCUGUCCCUACAGGGAGAGCUGGAAGAAGAAAAAGGAGGAAGUUUCUCUUCUCUGCAGAGAAGAUGGAAGCUUGAGACAUGGAGAGCAUGCAGAGGAAGAGAGAGAGAAGGAGAGGGGGGCGAGAGGUGGUGGAGGAAAGGACUCAUGCGUCGGAAUUUAAGGAGGUUGAAGGGGUGGGGGUGGCAUUUAAGUCUCCCGACAACCCGAGGAGGAAGACAGGCUGCAGCAUUAAUAGUAAACCUCUCUCUCUCUCUCUCUCUCUCUCUCUCUCUCUCUCUCUAAUAUAUGCAUCCAAAUGGUACAUGAAGUUCUCACUUCAACAGCUUUUGAGAUUUAGCUUCUUCAGAAACCAAGUGCUGCCGUCUGAUCAGCGAAGGCCACUACAAAUACAAAUAUUAUGGUGAAAAUGAGAGACGAAGAGCAUGUAAUGAUGUUGAUGCUACUGAAUGAUGAAAUUAAAAUUGAUGCCAUUACCUCGUGCAUUAAUUACUUCGAAUU